AUGGAAGAUCAACAUGAACCACAAGUUGUUCAAGUAGAGGAAGAAACAACAUUAGACUCCUCUAACUCAUAUACUACAACAGAAGAAACAAAAUCAGACUCUUCUGAGAAGAAAAAUCCAGAAAAUCCAGAUGCCUCCUUGGAUAAUGAGAAGGAAGAUGAAGAAUUUGAAAGACACAGAGUAGGACGUUUCGCCACAGUUAUCAAUCUUUUGAACUCAUUACUUGGAGCAAGUAUCUUUUCCUUACCAGGAAAAUUCAAAGAAAUAGGAAUCAUCCCAUCAGUUGUACUCCUUGCAGUUGCAGCUUAUAUAUCUUAUGUUUGUGCUAAUAUUCUUGUUCGUCUUCAAAAGGAAGUCAAAGGAACAGGAUUAGAUGACAUCUCAUUGAAAAUAUUCGGAAGGGUUGGCCAAAUCAUUGUUUCCAUCAUAUCCUUAGUCUUCUGCACAUCAGGCGUGGUCGCAUUCAUUGUCAUCGCAUGUGAUGUAAUUCAACAAUGGUUUGUUCUCAAAGGAAUCAAAGUUACCUACAUGAUCCGUGUUGCAAUCACAUUCAUUUACAGUAUCUUACCAGUUUCAUUGGCAAUUCCAAGAUCUUUGAAAUUCUUAUCGUAUUUCUCUUCAUUGACAAUCCUUAUUAUGUUGUUCUAUGUUUUGGUUGUCAUCAUCAGAUCGCCGAAGAUCAUCCCACACCAAAACUUUAAGGAUCCAAACUUCUCAAUUGGCAAAUUUGGUUUUGGAAUCUUCUCAGCCUUGUCUGUCUUCUUCCUUAACUUCACAUUGCCAAUUACUACACUUCCAAUCAUUGAGAAGUACAACAAAGACCUCAAGAAGAGAAGUAUUGCUUUGGAAUUCACAAGUGUCGCAUGCUUUGCUAUACUUGCCAUACCAGGAGUUCUUGGAUACAUGAUGAUAUUUGAUGUUGGAACAUCAGAAUUGAUCUUUUCGUAUGAAAAGUUCCAGAAAGAUGUAUUAUUCAAUAUUGUCAAGGGAGGAUGCUUAAUCGCUGUAUCAUGUUCUUAUCCUAUAUUCGUUAAGCCGAUUGUUGCCACAUGGUCGCAGUUCUUCUUCAGAGAAAAUGACGCAUAUAACCUUUCAAUUCCAAAAUUGGCAAUUGCACAUGCAAUCGCACACAUAAUUCCUGUUUGCGUUGCAGCAUUUUAUCCAAAGGUUAUGACAAUUCUCGAUUAUUGCGGAUCUUUCGGCGUUUUAAUCAAUAUUACUGUCCCAGGAUUGCUUUAUUAUAUGCAUUUCAAGCCAAGGCUUAACUCUAUAUUAUUCUGGUGGUCAUGGCUCAUUAUUAUAAUAGGUAUUUUUGUUGCUAUUGCAACUAUUAUUAUCAAUGUUAAGAGUGCAAUCACUUCUCAUUAA